UCGAUGGAGAUUUUUAUUUUAAGAAUCUGAGAUUAAAAUAUAAGGGACGAGCCAAGAGAAAGGGGAACCCCAGUAUUAUAACAAUGAUCAAUCGGUUACAACAAGAGAAUAAAAAGAUACCAAGUGGACGUGUUAAUAUUAUUGUUAAAUAUUUACCAGGUUCACGAGCAGUUGGCGAGAGAAUGAUACUAUCAGAAGAGUAUGAUCCUAAAAAGGAUAAAAUCGACACUAUAUAUUAUAUCAAAAAAUUCAAUUCAUUUAUCAGGUCAUGUCUAAAUAUCGAAGAAAAAGAGACGUGGGGUCUCAUUAAUAGAUGGUAUAAUGAAGUUGUUAAAUCUCCACAGAUCUAG